CGUCAGCAGCCAAGAUCUGGGUAACGUGCCUACUAAGUUAUUCAACCCAUUUCUUUACAGGUGAAGGUAGCUUUUCAACCAUUUCAGCCCAGUUGUUGUUGCCCAGUUUCUUUCUUCCACUUCACCCACCUGCAUCUUCUCCUCCAUCCACGUUUCAAUUUUUGUCAACAAAAUAAUGUGAUUGGAAUCAAUACAAAAACGAAAAGAGGAAAAGAUUCAAGAGAAAGAUUCAAACCCUCUUUCUCCCUUGCCACCUUUCUCUCUUCAACCCCUCACACCAUUCUUUCCGUUCAAAAUUUUUCAACAAAAGACCUACACACAAAUUUUUUGUUUUAUAUCUUCUCUCCCUUUAUCGUAAUCUACCUAAUUCAUUAUCAACGCCGCCUGCUCCACCCGGAACUCAUUUUCAGACGAAGAGACGCCUCGCCGGGAAACGUUGAAAUAAAAAAUGAGGUGUUCUCUCUCUGCCUGUUUUGGCUUGGGUAAACGUAACGAAGCGCAAGAGAAGAACGUGACGGCGGAUGUGUCGGUGGAGGAGCAACGACAGGGUGGAGCAGUGUUGGUGGAGCUGUUUUCUUCACAGGGUUGCAAGACAUCGCCGGAGGCGGAGGUGCUGGCGUCGCGGCUGGGGAGAGGGGACUUCGAGCUGCAGGUUCCGGUGAUCGUAUUGACGUACCACGUGGACUACUGGGACUACAUGGGGUGGAAGGAUCCGUACGGAUCCAGCCAGUGGACUGUUCGACAAAAGGCUUAUGUGGAGUCAUUGAAUCUUGAUACAAUGUUUACGCCGCUGGUGGUGAUUCAGGGGAGAACCCAGUGUCAAGGAAAUGAUCAAGAUGGCUUGUUGUCCGCCAUUACUGCUGCACCUAGAUUCUCUGCUCCUACCUUACAGGCGAGCUUCCAGAGGCCUACACCAGAAUCUCUGCAAGUUUCUCUAACAGGAGCAUUGAGGAACAAGGUGGAGAAUCAAGGGGCAAAUGUGAUGGUGGCUCUGUAUGAAAGUGGGUUGGUGACCGACGUUACAAAGGGAGAGAACCAGGGGCGGGUCCUCUCAAAUGACUAUGUUGUGAGGAAGCUUGAGAAAUUAUGCAGUGUAAAAGACAUCUCGGCCAAGAAGAAUGUUUCGGGUAGUGUUAAUUUCCCCCUUUGGCAAGGCUUUAACAGUGGCAAAUGUGGUGUUGCUGUCUUUGUUCAAAGCAACUCUCAUCACAUUUUGUGUUCACAGAACUUUCAGUUGCCGGACAAUAUAUGAGACUGGAUUGAGUUGAUUGUGUUACUUCUUUGGGCCUUUGUGUAGAUGUGCUUCUGGUUUAGGUAAUGAUUUCUCUUCUUUGCGGUUCGUUUUGGACUCCUCUUCAUUGUAAUUUUUACUCCUCUUUCUUAUUGUAUUGUUAAUAUAUAUAUAUAUAUUUGGUUGGACAAAAAGACGAAUAGAUUUGAUAAAGGCUCCCUGAAUUUGUGAG